AUGCAGUACAAGACCCUUUCCUUGCUCCUUUUGACUGCCACUGCCCUGGCUGCACCAGAGGCCAGGCCGGAGGCUGCUCCUGAAGCCGCUCCCGAAGCUUCCCCAGAAGAUUUUGGCAAGAGACAGUAUGAUUACUACUCGAGCCUCAUGAACGAUCUGAACAGCUUGGCCGACACCAACAACUGGGACAAAUACUUGACCAACACCGACUACGAGCAAUACCUGACCAACACCGACUUUGGCGGUUACCCAACCAAUACCGCCGUUGGCAACGCUCCUACAAACACCAAGAUGGGCGGCGUUCCGACUGACCAGGGAGGUCUCGGCUCCUCCAUGCCAACCGCCGCUUUCACCUACGACGGCAUGCCUCCUCCGUCCAUUGCCUCUGUGCUCAUCACUGCUGUUCCUUCCUCAUACCUGUCUGAGCUGGCCAAUCCCAGCGCUCGCUCAUCCCUUAUCCACGAUAUCCAACAGGGUCACUACCCUGCCUGGUACAGCAAUCUGCCUAACAGCGUCAAGCAGUGGAUCUCGACCAACUAUGCUUCCAUGACUGGUGCCGCAGCAACGGCCACCGGCAAAUCGGGCUCUGGGUCUGGAUCCAGCGGAUCUGGUUCUCAGGGCUCUGCGUCGAGCACCAGCUCGCAAGGCGCUGCUCCUGCUGCCACUGGUGCCAUUGCGGCUAGCAUUGCGGGUGCUGCUGGUAUCCUUGGUCUUGCCCUGGCUCUGUAG